UUCCGGGGUGUCCGCUGAUGCUGGUCUGGCCGAGAUCUCGUGGCGGCGGUGUCCUUCACUGCCUGUGUCGCUGCUUGACACAGGCCCCCGCUGGACCUGAGUGACUCCACCUUGCUGUCUGCAGCACCCCACCCUGGUGCCUGUGCCACGGUUUACUCAUUAGCCAAAGAAGGGAGGAUGGUGUGGAUGCAAGGGACUCCCUGGGAGCCUCCAGACCUCAGAUGAAGGCUCAGUCUCCUGCAGAGCCCUCCCAUUGUACAGGCUGGUGGAUGCCACCUGCUGUCUGCAGCCUGAUCAACUGCUCUUCCAAAAGGAGGCCCUCCUGAAGACAUAAUCACCAGGCCUGCCGUGCCCCUGGUACCCUGGCUGCUCACACAGUCUCACUCCUGGGCACUGGGGGCCGAGACCCCAGGACUCUGAGGGCACGCCCUGCCCCGGUUUCUCUGUGGCUGUGGGGCCCGCCCUCUGGCCACACCCCCCCUGUUAGCACUAACAUACUGACCCUGGAAGAGUGAGGGAGAGGGGAGGGGAGGCCAGGCCAUGGCUGCUCCCAGGCCCCACCCAGGAUCCUAAGGCCUGGAAGGUGAGAGGGCUUCUGGAACUCGUAGGGGCCUCUGCCCAUUGCCCUGCCCCUGCUUCACCCUCAUCCAAGUGCCAGGACGCUGCACCUCUCUUAUCUAGGUAAUUAGCUUCAGACCCUGGACCGAGGCUGGCCAGGUCGUGGGCUGCUUCCCACAGGCUGUGCACCCUGACCCCAAGAGGGAGGUGAGGCCCUGCCCGUUGAGUAGCCGAGGUGCUGGGGCUCUUGAGAGGCAGGCAGCAGGUGCCCUCCCACCCUGCCCUUUCUGCCCGGGCCUGGUCACGGCGUGGGGCCUCGUGACCCAGCCUUGCCAGGGGCAGAGGGCACCACUGAGCCUUGGGGAGGGGAUGCCCCCAAGGGUGCCAGUCCAGCCAGCUGCCCCACCCCUCAGGCCCAGUCUGGCCCCGGUGCUCCCCCACCUGGUGCCCCGAGCAGUCCCCCGGGCAGGCGGCCCCCGCCAUGGCCGAGCACCUGGAGCUGCUGGCAGAGAUGCCCAUGGUGGGCAGGAUGAGCACACAGGAGCGGCUGAAGCAUGCCCAGAAGCGGCGUGCCCAGCAGGUGAAGAUGUGGGCCCAGGCUGAGAAGGAGGCCCAGGGCAAGAAGGGCUGCCAGGAGCGGCCGCGGCCAUGGAAGGAGGCAGCCAGCGGCCGGCCACAGAAGCGGGUCCUUUUCCCUCCCAGCGUUGCCCUCCUGGAGGCUGCUGCCCGAAAUGACUUGGAGGAAGUCCGCCAGUUCCUCGAGAGCGGGGUCAGCCCUGACCUGGCCAACGAGGAUGGCCUGACGGCGCUGCACCAGAGCUGCAUCGAUGACUUCCGGGACGUGGUACGGCAGCUGCUGGACGCCGGGGCCGAGGUCAACGCCCGUGACAGCGAAAGCUGGACACCCCUGCACGCCGCGGCCACCUGUGGCCACCUGCACCUGGUGGAGCUGCUCAUUGCCCGUGGUGCUGACCUCCUGGCCGUCAACACUGACGGGAACAUGCCUUACGACCUGUGUGAGGAUGAGCGGACGCUGGACUGCCUUGAGACAGCCAUGGCCGACCGCGGCAUUACCCAGGGUGGCAUCGAGGAAGCCCGGGCCUUGCCGGAGCUGCACAUGCUGGACGACAUCCGAAGCCUGCUGCAGGCAGGGGCCGACAUCGACGCCCCCCGGGACCAUGGGGCCACGCUGCUCCACAUCGCUGCUGCCAACGGGUUCAGUGAGGCGGCCACCCUGCUGCUUCAACACCGAGCCAGCCUGAGCGCCAAGGACCAGGACGGCUGGGAGCCGCUGCACGCGGCUGCCUACUGGGGCCAGGUGCACCUGGUGGAGCUGCUCGUGGCACACGGGGCCGACCUGAACGGGAGGUCUCUGAUGGACGAGACACCUCUUGACGUGUGCGGGGACGAGGAGGUGCGGACCAAGCUGCUGGAGCUGAAGCACAAGCACGAUGCGCUUCUGCGCGCCCAGGGCCGCCAGCGCUCUCUGCUGCGCCGCCGCACCUCCAGCGCAGGCAGCCGGGGAAAGGUGGUGAGGAGGGUGAGCCUGACCCAGCGCACCAGCCUGUACCGCAGGGAGCAUGCCCAGGAGGCCAUCGUGUGGCAACAGCCACCACCCACCAGCCCAGAACCACCCGAGGAGGACGAAGACGGCCAGACGGAUGCAGAGCUGCGACCCACGUCCGGCGAGGAAGAGGACCCCGAGUUGGCCAGGCCACACAACGGCCAAGUUGGAGGCACCCCAGGGCGACACCUGUACUCCAAGCGGCUGGACCGGAGUGUCUCCUAUCAGCUGAGCCCCCUGGACAGCACAGCGCCUGACGCCCUGGCCCGGGCCAAGGCCCACCACACCCUGGCGGAGCUGAAGCGCCAGCGAGCUGCUGCCAAGCUGCAACGGCCCCCACCCGAGGGGCCCGAGGUCCCAGAGUCCGGCCUGCAUGUGGACGCCGAGACCCCCCAGCCCGAGCGCAGCUCCAGGGCUGGCGGAGAUCCGCCCCUGCUUAAGCUCACGGCACCCUCGGAGGAGGCCCCCACGGGGAAGAGGCCGUGCUGCCUGCUCAUGUGAGGGGCUGGCACGAAGAGUGGUGAGGGUCCCGUUGCCAGGCCCAGCCAGAGGCUACCUCGGGACCCCGCUCCGGAGACCCCAGUGUGUGCCUGGUGCUGCUAUUCAGGGGCGGCCGGUGCAGGGCCUUCCCUGUUUGAUGCAUCUAGGAUGCCAGUGUCUUCACUCAGGGAUGAGCCUGUGGCAGAAGCCAUCCUGGGGGCUCCUGGCUGCAGUGACCUAGUUUCAUCCUGUGACUUGAUAAAGGGCUGUUUUGCCA